CAACUUGCAAUUCACUUUACCAUUGAUAACAACAACAUUGAAACUGGUGAUCAUAUGGUGGAAGAAACCCGGUAAUGUCCUUCGAUCUUAUAUUGGUGUUAAAUACAAUUGCCGAUGAUUGGUUAAAGGCCAAGACAAACAAAGAGCUACGUGUAAUGACGAAACGUGCACAGAAUGCGCGUGUCAUUACUAUAUUCGGAUAUAUCUUUAUGUGUGGAGCAUUUGGUUUUCUCGUAUUUUUACCUUGCUUCGGAACAUCGUUAAGAUAUAUAACAAAUGUUACGGAUCCGAUUAAAAUCUUACCUUUGCAAAGCCAUUUCUUAUACGAUAAAGAUCAAAGUCCAUACUUCGAACUUACAUUUGCCGCGCAAACCCUCCUACUUAUAAUGGCUUCUGCAUGUUACAGUGGCGUAGAUAAUUUACUUGGAUUAUUAGUAUUUCACUUGUGUGGCCAAAUGGAAAAUCUGAAGGAACGACUAAUUAAUAUAAAACAAUUAAAAAAUUUCAACGGCAAUCUCGCUUUUAUUAUCAAGGAUCAUGUGCGAUUAAUCAAGUUUCGUAUUGAUUUCCCGGCAAGAAAUUUUACAUAUAAAAACAUAUAUAAAUAUAUACAUAAUAUGUUCAUUAUACACGGAAAAAGUUUUAGAUUUUAUAACAUUUUAAAAAUUAUUGAAACUUUUUUCAGAUAUUUUAAUAUUGUUGAAAAUACAUUUACUCUAUUAUUACUCGGUUUACUACUAUAUUUUGCUACAUUAUUUUGUGUGUACGGAUUUUUAAUCAUCGCGAUACUAACAGAGGGGAGAGAAAUGUCAACGAUACGAUUGAUAUAUCUUUUAUCUGCAGUAUUAACCGUUUGUGGCCACAUGUGUCUCUAUUGUGUAGUAGGUGAGAUUUUAAUAGCACAAUGUGAAGGAAUAUAUCAUGCAGCGUAUAAUUAUGAAUGGUAUAUGCUAAAACCAGAAGAGGCAAGAAAUUUGAUUAUAAUAAUGGUUCGGGUUAACAAACCCCUGAAUAUUACUGCUGGAAAAAUGUUUCCUAUGACACUGUCAAUGUUUUGCAAUUUAAUAAAAACAUCGGGCGGAUACGUGUCUGUUCUACUUGCCAGACAAAGUUCAUGAAAUUUAUUUUCAAAUCUUGUCUAUAAAUAAUUUCAUAUGUGUUGCGUGUAUUCGGCAAAACACAUGUUUAAAAAAAUGCAUAAAAAUAAUGUAUAUAUAUAUAAAAUACUAUAUUAAGGGACUACUAAAAUGCCCGUUAAUCGAGAUUGAUAGUGUAGGAUCACUAAUAUUUUUUAUUUAAAAAUAUUUUUAAAUAAAAAUAGAUAGGAAAAUAAGGCAAUGAGAGUCAAGCGCUGUAGUUGAUGCGCAUAUAUCAAUGAUUCUAUACAGUUUUUGUAAUUAACAAUGUCCGGAAGUUUCAACUCUAUUUCGAGUCAUUUUCAAUAAAUUUUACAAUUAACAUCUAUUCACUGUUUUUCGCCAAUGAUCGCAAUAAUUAAUAAUAAAAAUCUUUUACUUACGGAUAAUCAAAUGGUGAGGAACGAAUUUGUCAUUGUAAUUGUGUAUGUGUCAUUCACCUCGGUUGGAAAGCCGAAUGAUGUGGUUCGAUCCUUUAUUCCUGAAGAAUGACAUCAAUCACAUUGAUUUUGAUCGAGUUGAUCGAAUUGAUUAUAAUACAUCGAAGAACGUAGAUUUAUUAAAAAUUCACUCACCAAAUGAAGUCAAAUUUUGUAGAAGCACGAUCGUCUUUUCACAUUGUAAUAGAAAGACGUCAGAGAUGAAGUUUAAUUCAUUUCAUCCCCGACUACAAUUCACAAUAGAGAUAGGGGGUGACAAUUUGAAUUUCCUUGACAUCACAAUAGAAAUCACUGAGAACAGAAUCGAAUUUGAUUGGUUCCAAAAACCAACUUUCUCUGAAAGCGUGAUAACGUAAAGUACCUGUCAUCGUCGAGCUACCAUGAGAUACUGCCAUAAAUACCGCGCGCAUGGGCAAUCGAAGGUGACUCACAAUGGUGGAUAAUGGUACACCCCUACAGAAUGCGCAUGUUCAUCGCUGGUUGGCCAGAAGGAAGGGAUAAUAAUAAGAAGAGAUAGAACGAGGAAAAAGUAUUAAUUACAAAGCGGAAAAUUUGGUACACUUCUGUCGAUAUAUUUCAAAUAGUUAUAUUUCAGAUAAACUUUUUAAAUUUGAAGUAAACAUACAUCGAAAAUACGAGCAUACACGGCAUGUAUUUUUUAUAAAAAAAAAAAAAAA